AUGGAGCAGCCCAACAAGCCAUAUGGCUUUCCAGCCAGAGAGAUUCUUAUACCGGCGUUGAAAGUCGGUGCAUUGAGUGGAACUACUGGCAUUCUCUAUGGCAGCGUCGCAGGUGUCCUUCGCUCCGCCCAUCCCAUUCUUUUUGCCGUUGCGGCCGGCAUCCAAUGGUCUGCCCUUGGCAGCACGUUCUGGGCGACCAGAGCCACCAUACUCCACACCUACUACCCCAGCCCAUCCCAAAAGGACCGCCUCACAGCCAGCACCUUUGCCGGCGGCAUAACUGGCGGCACAAUCGGUGGACUAUUUCGCGGUCCGCGCAACGUCAUCCCUGGCACAAUCAUGUUCACACUUUUCGGCUAUAUAGGGCAAACAGUCUAUGACGCGCUUGAUGCGCGACAUACGGCGCAAGUUGCUUCUGAAGCUCAGGCAGCGGCAGAAGGUAAGAAAGCAGAUAGGAAGCGUUUCUGGGAGUGGUUUGCAGAGAUGAAAUGGAGUCCUUUGACGGUACUGAGCGAUGAGGACUAUGGCAAUAUGCUGAAGGAGAAGUUAUUGAGGGUAGAGGCCGAGAUUGCUUUGGUGGAUGAGGAGGUGGACAGGUUGAGGAGGGAGGAGAGGAGGAUGGAGGAGCGGCAAGGCAAGGAGCCUUCAAAGUCAACGACGUAG